AUGCCUUUCGUAGAUCCUCGCGAGGUGCUGUUGCGGCGUGGCAUCCCUGUGCCCGCUGCCGCCUCCUUCCACGUCCCCGGCCUACCGGAUCUACAUGCGGAGUCCUCCUCGUCUUCGAACGCGCUCUCACAUCCGCUGCAAAUGUCGGCAGGCUAUCUACCAGCUCGACCAGCAGCAGCCAACGGCGAGCCUAAGGACAAUGCACAUCUCUUUUUCCUCUUGCUUCGAGCACGCCACGUCCCAGCAAAGCGCAAACUCAUCGUCUGGUUUAACGGAGGCCCCGGCUGCUCUUCCUUCGAUGGCGCCAUGAUGGAAGUCGGUGCCUGGAGGAUGGACGGCAAGGGUGGUCUCGUAUGGGUCAAGGACGGUGCCAGCUGGAACGAAUAUGCCGACAUCCUUUUCCUCGAUCAACCGGUGGGCACCGGUUUCAGCUACGUCAACACCAACUCGUACACCACGUCCUUACCACAAGCCGCCGACGAAGUGCUUCAUUUCCUCGAACAAUUUGUUCAGGUGUUUCCCGAGUACUCGCGCGAGGUUGAGCUUCAGUACGGAAACCAAGGCAGCGGAGUCGAUGUGUUUUUGGCCGGAGAGAGCUUUGCGGGACAGUACAUUCCUUACACCGCCAAAGCCAUCGUCCAGGCCUCCAAACCACCAGUGUCGCUCAAGGGCAUUGCUAUCGGAAACGGCUUCAUCGACCCCAAGAGUCAGUACGGCUCCGAGCUUGAGAUCAUGGUGGAGAAAAACAUUUGGACCACCUCAUCCGACGAGUACAAACGCGUUGCCAAGAUCGUCGAGGAAUGUCACAAGGAUCUCGACAAGGGUGGUCUGCGCGAGAUUGGUAGGUGCGAUGAGAUCCUUCAGACCAUCAUUGCGAGCACGACGGCCAAACAGCCAGGAUCAUCAGGUUACACUUGCAUCAAUGUGUACGAUGUACGUCUCAGCGACUCUUCUCCUGCCUGCGGUAUGAACUGGCCAACAACGCUCUCGGCCAUGUACGACUACCUUCGCCGCCCGGACGUGCGCAAGGCGCUGCACGUCGACGAGAACCACAAACCCGAGGCAUGGGUCGAAUGCAAUUCCAAUGUGGGCUGGGCCAUGCGAACAGAUACCACCUCGCCGCCAUCAGUGCAGCUGCUGCCGGAUCUGCUCGCGAGUGGAGUCAAAGUGUUACUGUUUGCAGGCGAAGAGGACCUUAUCUGCAAUGCCAUCGGUGUGCGACGCGCAGCGGACAACCUCGAGUGGAAUGGCAGCAAAGGGUUUGGCGAUGACCAUCCUGCCAAAGAUUGGUACGUAAAUGGAAGUCUAGCUGGUUCGUGGCGCACAGCCAGGAAUUUGACCUAUGUUGGCAUCAAGGGUGGAAGCCACAUGGUUGGCGUGGACAAGCCGAUCGAGAGCCAUGACAUGAUGGUCCGCUUCAUGGGCAUCGACUACAUGAAGGUGGCUGGACCAAACGCCCUCAUCCCUUCACGUGUCGGCGACGAACCGGAUCGCAUCCUCGUCACCGGAGGUGGUGGUGGCGUGGCAGAGAUCGGCAAAGACGGUUCUCGUGUCAUUCCUGGUUCGGGCAAGACGGAAGAGCAGGUCGCAGAGGAAGCAAGAUGGAGGGCCUAUUAUGACGCUGGUUCUUUUGCGCUCAUGAUUCUGGUGAUUGCUGUCGGCGUGGGCACCUGGUUGUUGCUGCGUUCGCGCAAGAGACGCCGCAUGGACCGAAACCGUAUUGGUAGGGGCGGAGCACUGCGUUUGGCGACUACGACCGAAUUCGGAGGCGCUUCCGCUGAUUCGACACCAGCAGGAAAUGGCGACAACCACGAACUCGAACGCCUCGUAGGAGGCAAGCACACCGAAGAGGACGACGACGUCGAAGAGGCGGUAUUUGAUGUUGGGGAUGAGGAUCUCAGUGAUAGCGAUGGCGAAAACAAGAAUCCACGGGCUGGCGCACAGCGCUGA